AUGGAAGGCCUUCUGUUCAACGUCAAUGGCGGCUAUCUGGAGGGUAUUGUUCGAGGGUAUCGCAACUCACUCUUGACCUCUACAAAUUACAGCAAUCUCACUCAAUGCGAGUCUAUCGAUGAUGUCAAGUUGCAACUGGGCCCUGCCUAUGGCGAGACAUUGUCGACUCUCCCUCCGAACCCUUCUACAUCGGCCCUUGCUGCCAAAACCACCGAGAAACUCGUCGCCGACUUUAGGUAUUUGCAAGGUCAGGCGACAGGAUCGUUACACAAGUUUAUGGACUACCUGACCUACUCCUACAUGAUCGACAAUGUGGCAUUGUUAAUCACAGGCACACUACAUGAGCGAGAUACAAAGGAGUUGCUCGACAGAUGUCAUCCGUUGGGAUGGUUUGAAACACUUCCUGUUCUGACAGUCGCCACCAAUAUCGAGGAACUGUACAAUUCAGUUCUGAUCGAAACACCACUGGCCCCCUAUUUCAAGGGCAGCCUCAGCCACCAAGACUUGGACGAGCUCAACAUUGAAAUCGUUCGAAACACGCUAUACAAGAAUUAUCUGGAGGAUUUCUAUCACUUUGUCAACAACGACCCCGAGAUGUCUCUGACUACCACUGGACAAAUCAUGUCCGAGAUCCUUGACUUUGAAGCCGAUCGACGAGCCAUCAACAUUACCAUCAACUCAUUCGGGACAGAACUCUCCAAGGACCAACGGAGGAAGCUGUAUCCUGACAUUGGCAAACUGUACCCCGAGGGUAUGCUGAUGUUGUCGAGAGCGGAGGAUUUGGAAGGUGUAGCACUGGCCGUGAGUGGUGUCGGCGACUACAAACGAUUUUUUGAUGAAGUCGGUUUCAAUCAGGGCGGAAUUGGGGCUGGCAAUCAGUCUGGUGGACUUGGGACUGAGGCGAAAUCGCUCGAGGAUCUUUUCUACCAGAAAGAGAUGGAGUUGUCCAAACUGGUCUUUACCAAUCAGUUUACACAUGCCAUCAUCUACGCUUGGGUCAAAUUGCGGGAACAGGAAAUCCGCAACAUUACUUGGAUCGCCGAGUGCAUUGCUCAAAACCAGAAAGAAAGGAUAGGAAACUACAUCAGUGUGUUUUGA